AUGAGAGGCAUUUGGGCACUUCCAGCGGUUUUGCGCAUCGCGCUGGCGAACCAGCAUGCGUUCAGCGUGUUCGACGAUCUGCUCGCUUUCCCACAGUAUGAGGUUCUGUGGCCAGACACUUUCGUUACCGAAAACGAUGCGACGCUUCUCCUCUCCCACGGAUCACCCAGCUCGAGCUCUGCAACACCCGGCUCGCAAGAGACGCAGGAACUCUCGAAACGCGAUAAGCCGGCAGCGAACAUACCACCCGUAGAUGAUGCGCUCGAACAGACAUACGAAGCAGUCGUGCUGCACGGACAGCGUUACAUAUGCAGCAUACCCAUAAUACCAGAAGAGGUACCGCAGAAUGACACAACAUCAGCCGAGGAAGCCAAAGCCGAGGAAGAGAAGGAGCUCAUACGCGCAGCAGACCGCGGGUGGGAGCUACUCGAAGGCAUGAAGGGCAACUGCAUCUACUAUGUGAGCGGCUGGUGGAGCUACAGCUUCUGCUACAAGGACGAAGUCAAGCAGUUCCACCAGCUGCCACAAAGUCGAGGUGUUCCCCAUUACCCACCUGUGGAGGACACGAGCGUACACAGCUUCGUAUUGGGAAGGUACCCGAAGGAGGAGAAGACCAAGAAAGCGGACGCGCGCAAGACACUAGGCAACGAAGAGGGCAGCAAGGAGGCUUUUGAUGAGGCUAACAUGGCCGACGAUGACGAGAAGGGCCUGGAGAUCUCGAGACUAGAGACCAAGGGGUCCAGCAGAUAUAUGGUGCAGCGGCUGUCCGAUGGUACUGAGUGCGACUUGACGGGUAAGCCGCGCAAGAUCGAUGUACAGUUCCACUGCAACCCGCAGUCUGCCGACCGAAUCGCCAUGAUCAAAGAAACAAGCACCUGCUCCUACCUCAUGAUCGUCGACACGCCCCGCCUCUGCCACGACGUCGCCUUCACCCCACCACAAGAAAACCUCGCACAUCCUAUAACCUGUGAACCCGUCAUUCCAGAGUCUGAAGUAGACGCAUGGACAGAAGCACAGCUAUCCGCCAAGCUGGCCGCGGCCGAACGUCUCAUCGCUGCCCACAACGCUGCCGACGACGCCAACACGAACCCGCUCCGCGAUCUCGCCGACGGCCUCGAGGGCUCUACCAAGCGCAUUGUCAUUGGCGGCAUUGAAGUCGGCGCAAAGUCGUUUGUGGGAAGCGAAGGCAAGGUGAUUGAGAAAUCCGUCGUCGUCGGCGGAGGCAAGGAGACAUUUAUCGGCACCGUAGCGAGUAGCGACGGCAAGCAGAUGUCCAAGGAAGAGAUGAAGAAGCUCAACAUUGCCGAUCCCAAGGAUGUCGAGACCUUAAAAGCCAAUCUGAGGAAGCUGGCUGGCAAGAAGGGAUGGAAGCUGGACCUUGUGGACACACCAAGGGGCAGGGAGUUUAGAGGUAUCAUCGAUACCGAAGAUCAGGAUACUGAGAAGACGAAGAAGAAGUCAACGAAGAACAAAGAUGGCGAUAGUGCGGGGAUGGGCAAGGAGAAGGAACAUGAGGUUGAACAAGGCGAUGAGGAUGAAGAGAUGCAGGAGGGGAGUGAGGAGGUAUACAAAGAUGAGCUUUAA